AUGAAUGAAGAAAAAUUACAAAAAUCCGAGCCUAUGGAAAUUCCAAGCUGCGUGCGAAACUAUACCAAUGAGUAUAGAAUCCAGCAAAGAACCCUAGGUCCACAAAUAGCACAACAAAAACAAAACAACGAGGCGGAUUUGUUUUCACAGAAUCCAAGGCCUGUUUUCACUGGGCCUGUCAGUCGGUCGGUCGGCUUUCGCACAACCCUGGCCAGUUUUCACUGGGCCGUCGAGUCUGGUUGGCUUUCGCACAACCCUGGCCUAUUUUCACUGGGCCGUCGAGUCUGGUUGGCUUUCGCAGAACCAACACAAAGCAACAAAAAUAGCGGAAUAGGCACCGAUUAUUCAAGGCUGCCUAACCAACCAGCAAGUCUCUUUGAAAACAAAGACGUUUCUGAAACUAUGCCAAUGAGCAUAGAGUCACGAAUUAAGUCUCUUAGAUACCAGAAUAGGCACCGAUUACUCGAGGCUGCCUAA